CCAGCACACCAGAAAGUGUUUCCUCUCUGUCCAGAUUGGGAGAGUGAAGCCAUGGCAAGGAAGGGUUUGUUUGGUUCCUGGUUCUGUGUGCUGUUGGUGUGUUUCCUGGUCUGGCCCGGUCUGGCCCAGGUCCCAGAGCCAGCGCAGUGCCUCGUGUCCGGAAUCUACAAUCUGGUCCGGCUGCCGGAGAGUAAGGACGGGGAGAGCUGCCGGCUGAAUUGCUUUGCAGAGCCUGACUGCCACAUGGCCGUGGUGGCCAGACCUCUCACAGGCCCAGAUCAGUGUCUGCUGGUCAACUGCCUGAACCAGAGCCAAUACUCAUACCCCCGAAAUCUCAGUGCAGAGAUCAGGGUUUACCCCAAGACCACCACUUGCAAUGAUCUCAAGAAAGGCGCACAUGAAGUAGCUGAGGAGAGAUUUCGCUGUUAUGGCCUGAUGAAUUACAGCAGCUGUCAGUCGGGGGUUCCCAGAUUCUUCUACAACAGCACCAGUUUCAGGUGCGAGCGCUUCUACGGGGGCUGCGGGUCCAACAGGAACAUGUUUGAUACCCAGGAGGGGUGUGAAGCCCUCUGCAAUGAAAAGUUCCGUUGUUAUCGGCCCAUGCUGUAUGGUGCAUGCAGAUUGAACAUGACCAAAUUCUUCUACAACCAGUCGAGUCAGCGGUGUGAGAGAUUUACCUUCAGCGGCUGUGGCUCUAAUGGAAACAUCUUUUCGACUGUGGACGAGUGUGAAAUGCUCUGUGGUGAUAUUAAAGAUUCAACAGCCACUUUUCCUACAGAGACGACAGAAGAACCUGAAUCUACAGAAACAGACACUGUUUCUGAAGAGACAGCCCCUACCUUUGUUAUUCUGGCCAUUUCCAUCUUGGCGCUUGUGGCCCUCGUCGUCGUCGCCAUCAUACAGCGCUGCAGACGGUCUCAGAGUCCACCUCCCGACAGUGAAAGGAGGCAGUUGUUUUGAAAUCCAGAUGAGCUAUCUUUUUUGGAGUCUGCGUCUGUCGAGGCGGGUCAUUAAAGGGAUCUCUGGUGAUGUUUUGCAAUUUUGUUCUUUGUCCAAAAAAGGUUCAGUAAUUUCCUAAAACAGUGGUUCAUUGAAGUGUCUACCAAACAAACAGGCGGAAGUGCAUUUAUUGGGUACUACUUUCAGAAUCCACAUGUGACUCACUGAUGUGUUUUAGCUCUAAAAGUCCAGACUGAAUUGUAUCAGGAUGAACUGUAAUAACUUUGUUGAUCCUCUGACUUUCCAUCUAGCGCCACCAUCAGGUCAACAUGUUAACGUGUCCAACAUUUUAUUUACGAAUACCUUCAGGACUAAUGACAUUCCCAUCAGCCUCAGCUGUGUUUACUGCUAAUGAGCUAAUGUUGGCAUGCUAACAUGCUAAACUAAUAUAGUGAACAUGGUAAACAUCUUCGGGCGCUUCACCCUCACUGCUUGUUUGUUACUGAGUUUAGACUUUGACGAAAAAAUCAACGCUUCUGAAUAAUUUACAUCUUUUAUCUAAAUUAUGGUGGACCCUCUCAUAAUUUUGACUUGAAUGAUUAAUUAAUUAAAUAAUUUCAUUUUAGGUUGACUAUGUAACAACUGUCCAGGGACUACAGAUGAAGAAUAGUCUUUUGGCUGAUUUUCUUCAGUGUUUUAUUACCGUGCACUGUCCCUUCUAAAUGAAACUGAUUAAAUAAAUAAAAAUAUUCAUUAUUA